GACUUGCGCCGUCUGUGAAAAAGCCACUUCCUAAAUACCAGUAAGUUGUGCGCUCUUGGAAAGUGGAAAGUUGUGCAGGCUGCUGACUUCAGGGAGUCAUCUCUGUCUGGUGUCGGACUCCUCUCAGGAAUGCAGCGGGAAGUGUGAGAAGCACUAAAGUAAGACGGAGCUUUAGUGUAAAGCCACUGUUAGGCUUGUUUGGUUUUUUUUAUUGUUUUUUUUUUUGUAUUGAGAGCCUUUGUUAACGAUGGGCUGCUUGACCAAGAAGUCACUUUAAACUUCACAUCGUCCCUUCAAGGAUUAUUCAAGGGCUGAGAGCUUCACGACGACUACUUCUUCUUCUGCACCAUGGGCUGCAGCAAGGUGCUGUGGGGGGUGGUAGGGGCUGUCGUCAUCACGUUAAUAACAAUCCCAGCAGUUUAUUUCAGCAAAUCUGAUGGUAUCAAAAGGCCAUACACCUUUGAGGAUUACUUCAAUGACACCAUUAGGUGGAAAUCCUACAAUUUGUAUUGGAUAUCAGACAAGGAGUAUCUACACAAAGAAAGAGAUGGAAAUGUCUUCCUCCACAAUGCUGAAACAAAAGAGGAGUCACUAUAUUUGAGCAAUUCAACCUUUGCUCAAGUGGAUGCCAGUGAUUACAUGUUGUCAGGUGAUUAUAAAUACAUUGCUUUUGAAAGCAAUUACACAAAGAAAUGGAGGCAUUCAUUCACGGCCUCUUACUCCAUCUUUGACAGGGAGAGAUCAACAUUUGUUAUGCCUGUGAGUCUUCCGACUGUUGUGCAGUACUUUGCCUGGGCCCCAACAGGAAACAAAUAUGCUUACGUCUCAGACUUCAACAUAUUUUUCAAAUCCGAUGUCACUGCUGAAGCUGUACAAGUGACCUACAAUGGGAAAAAGAAUGAGAUCCUUAAUGGUGUCCCUGACUGGGUAUAUGAGGAGGAAGUGUUUGCAUCAAACGGGGCAAUAUGGUGGUCAACAACCGGAAAAUUCUUGGCUUAUGCAGAGUUUAAUGAUACAGACGUCCACAGAGUGGAGUUCUCUUGGUAUGGAUCUGAGCAGUAUCCUCAAACAGUGGCUGUUCCUUACCCAAAGGCUGGAUCACCCCUUACCAAGGUGAAACUGUUUGUGGUUGAUACCACAGAUCCAUCCCGCCGCACACAAGUGGUUGCCCCAGCUUCUGUUGCUUCUGGUGAUCACAUUUUGUGCUCAGUGAACUGGCUUACAGACGAACGCGUCACUGUGCAGUGGCUCACAAGAAAACAGAAUUACGUGGUUGUACAGACGUAUGAAUUUGAUGGAAGCCGCUGGAAAGAAACACAGAAAUUUGAGCAAACAAGCAAGACAGGAUGGGUCGGCCAUUACGUGCCCUUACCUCUUUUCUUUGCUGAAGAUAAACUCAGUUUCUACAAAGUGAUGAGUGACUCUCAGGGCUACAAACAUAUUCAUUAUGUGAAAGAUGGCAAAGCAACACCUAUUACCUCUGGGAAGUGGGAAGUCAUCUACAUAUCCAAAUUAACCAGAGAUGCCAUAUAUUAUGUGAGUAAUGAGUACCAAGGAAUACCUGUGAAGAGAAAUCUUUACAAGAUUAUGAUUGGAAGCAGCCCUUCUGCGCCUCAGUGCCUCACCUGCGGCCUGAAUGAGGACAGGUGUCAGUACAACUCUGCUUACUUCAGCUUUGAUGCCUCUUACUUCCGAAUGGACUGCUACGGACCUGGGUUUCCCCGCUACGCACUAAUGGACAACAGGGGCCCAGGUGCAGAGCUCUCCGUUCUUGAGGACAACAAGGAUCUGGAAAAUAUUCUGUCACAAUUCCUAAUGCCAACAAUGAAGUAUGGCACAAUAAAGGUUGCAGGAUUUGAUCUUUGGUAUCAAAUGAUGUUACCUCCAAAUUUCAAGAAGUCUAAAAAAUAUCCUCUUCUUAUUGAUGUGUAUGGUGGCCCCUGUAGUCAGCGGGUCGACUAUCGCUUCAAGCUGAACUGGGGCACGUACCUCUCCAGCUCACACGGGAUCAUCACAGCCAGCUUUGAUGGAAGGGGAAGUGGUUACCAAGGUGAUGAAAUAUUGCACGCAAUCUACAAGCGCCUUGGAACGUUUGAAGUUGAAGAUCAGAUAACAGCUGUGAGGAAAUUCAUUGACAUGGGUUUUAUCGACAAAGACAGAAUAGCAAUAUGGGGCUGGUCUUAUGGUGGUUACGUCACCUCAAUGGCCUUGGGUGCAGGAACUGGACUCUUCAAGUGUGGAAUAGCAGUUGCCCCAGUAGCCAAGUGGGAAUAUUAUGAUGCUGUGUACACUGAACGCUACAUGGGCAAACCCACGGAGAAUUCAGACGCUUACAAAAAUUCCUCUGUGACGGCCAGAGCAAAGAACUUCAAAACAGUAGACUAUCUACUGGUUCAUGGCACAGCAGAUGACAAUGUCCAUUUCCAGCAGGCGGCACAGAUCUCCAAAGCUCUGGUGGACGAGCAAGUGGACUUUGAGGCGAUGUGGUACACUGACAAGGACCACGCUCUCAGGGGAUCAGCUUCUCGUCACACAUACACCCUCAUGAGUCACUUCCUGCAGAAAUGCCUCCUUAAUCCCAAAUAGAUGUGAAGAAUGUGACAGCAUUUAUAGUGAACAUUACCACAGUUUUGUUUAAUUUGUGUAUAUUUUAUCUUACUGAUAUUCUGAAGUGUCAGGUUGAACUCUGUUUUUAUGUGCAAUGGAUGUUCGAUUGCUCGUACAAAUGAGUAUUUGUAUUUUAUAUGAAAUUAUGGAACAUUUGUCAAAAUAUGUGACAUUUAAAAUAUUCUAAAAGCCACUGCAUGCAUUAAUGGUUGAAAACAUUCUUUAUGUGAAUAUGACGACAUACAGAAGCUGAGUUGCACUGCACUGAUUUGUUGUGGAGUGUUAUCAUUUGUGUUGCUGUCAUGUUCUAAUGAAAGUGAAAUAAACAUUGUUUUGAAAUAUAA